AUGACGAAGCUAUCCGACGCCGUCAAGGCCCUCGUCAACGCCGCCCAUGCAAAGCCAGGCCACACUCGCGCCGCUGCCCGCGUGAAGCCCGCUCUCGAGCGCUUUGCAAGCGAUGCGCAAGAGAAGAGGGUCGGGGUUCUGCCCUGGGUCACGCUCUCGACAGCCGUCUCGGCAACAAUGAACUGUCCCGAGGCAAUGACACAAAUCUACCACCUCGCCAACGCAUCCCCGCACCAACCUAGGCGCACGGCCGUCCAAAUCGCCGAAUUAAUCCGCGAAGUCGGGCUGAAGUGCAUCUCGUUCAACGGGAUCCCGCGCACCAUAAACACGCUCGGCGAGUUCCACGCCAGUCUCCCGUCCGAAGUUACGUCCGCGCUCUCCACGACGCCCACCCGCGAAUUUACGCCUUCUAAUCUCGAACGCCGCAAACUCGACGGCCUGGUGCUCUGGGACAGCGUGUACUACGGCUUCGAGCGGAAAUUGCAAGCCAAGCUCGCCAAGUCGCAUCCGGACCUGCCCGUGCAUAUCCUCGAUGCCCAUUACGCGCAUUUACUCUCGAAUCCGCCUAUGGAGUGGCCGCUGCCCGUGGGGAGAGUGCUCACGUCGCUUGUGGCUAUCGCUUGUUUGCGCGCGCAGACGGGUGUUGGGCCGCAGGUCCUGUCGCAUGUGUUUGGGCUGAGGAAGGCGUACGAGCUGGAGGAUGCGUAUGCUGAGGACGAGAGACAUAUUGACGGUGGGAAGUGGCUUGCUACUGAUGAUGGGAAUCUGUGGUUGUUGGAGAGCGUGGAUAAGUUAAUUCAUGCGAUUGGGGGUGGCGAGGGGACGACUUUUGCCCCUGGGUUUCGGCCCAAGUUGUGAUGUUGAGGGGUCCUGGAAUAACAAGAGUUUUCGUAUGAAUGACUUUUGUGUACAUAUGCCUGUACAUAUACAACGGGGAAUUGCAAUAUAUAAUCAAAUAGACUGACGACUUGAUUCCGUAG